GCCGCCACUGCCGCCGCUUCGCGGCGAGGGAUGGAGAUCAGCGGGCGACGAGCGAUGUCAGGGCUGCUGCCGCCGUCGGUUAACACGCACAGGUUCACACCCAUCCUCGCCGUUAUGUUUUAACGGGUCCGGCAUCGCGGGAAACGGGGAGGACGAUCAUCGAAAGGAGCAGUUGAGCGGUGCUCGGGAGUGCCGGUGAAUCGAGUCCUUGGAAUCGCCGCGCCGGAAGCGGUGGGUGCUUGAACGGAGAAGAUUGGGGUGCAUCAAGGCAAGGGUGAAUUUACCGUUGAUCCUUCGCGAGAUCGUCCAGCGGAACAAGGGACACGUUGGAUAUCGAGAGAACGAAAGGUUCGCGUGAAUUAUUUGAGUACAGGUUAUCCGUUUUAAUGGGACUCUGAUCCUGCGAUUGGGGGUGUCAUAAGUGUCCUUUGUCAGAAGGGGAAGUAACGAGAAAUAAUUCAGAGGACGAGCCAGUGGAGCAGGACGGAAUUGCAUAAGAACGGCGGCGAGUCUACGUUGCGGGAGUGCUCCUUUGCGUGAGAAAUUUCAUCGAGGAUGUGUCACCGCGUUUAAUUGCAAGCUCCUGACCACGAAAGUGACGGAAAGUUAGCAUGAGGAUAGUCAGUGUUGGUUCGGUCUCGAAGAAUCGAGGCCUCCACGUUAUAUCCGAAUGUCACUCGGCGAGACUCACACGUCCAAGGAUACAAACACUCAGGAUGACCGUGUCUUGUGAUCCCUCGUUUCCAGUGAAGGCUUUAAUCAAUAAGUUGGGACUCGAGGGAUUUUGAACUCGGUGAUCGUUCGAAAAACAAAUCCAUUAUUGCAAGGAUGUAGGGGGGGCCCACGGUUGGGGCCCCGGUGAGGGUUUCCGUCAGGACUGCAUGUCAACGUACUUCGAAGCUUCUCACACCAACUCUUCUUCCACAUAUAAGAAUUAAAGAAGAAAGAAGAAAUCGCAAAAGAGAUCGUUGAUUCUUUUCUAAAGAACAUCAUCAUAUUUAUCAAAAGGGAUGACCAGUAUAGCCUCAGAGGAUGUUACGUGUUCGUAAGGAAUUACCUUAAAAGAUAUCCGUCGUUAAUUCUCUCGUCGUGUUAGUCGUUAAUCGGUGUGAACGCAACAAUCUUAACUAAUUGUUAGUGGAGUUCAAAGUUCCUGGUUCGGGAUGGUUUGACGAUUCGAAUCGGUCAAACGAGACAAACUUUUUCGAAACUCGGAAUAGUGAAUUAACCGAAAUAAGAAAGGAAUAUAAAACGAGGAAGAUGCCUUUACGCUUGCGGAAACGUGGGUGUCGUUAGUGAAAGAAUAUAGGUCGCGACACUGCGAUGGCAAAAUGAGACGCGAGAAUGGAAGUGAAAACGGCAAGAAUGGCACGCGGUAACGACGUUAAUCGUUUCCGCGUUACGUUAAUCGUAAUCGCAAAUCGUUUUUUCGGUGAUGGUGCGGCUGCGCCCAUCGUACACGUCGCGUUAAGAAUCGCCGGAAGCAUCAUUGUUCUUUCCUCGUAAUCUAUUAGACCAGCGCCUAUCAUCGGAGCCAGCGAAAAUGGAUCUAGGAAGAUAUAUUAUCUUAUUGAUCAACCAAAAUGAGAAGAUCAAACUAUACGGGUCACCGGACUCGUUGGAAGUGGCCGAUGAAAUUUUGGAAGUUAACGGUAGCACGUUGGAAAAUGCCAGUAUUCCCGAAGUGGUUCAACAUAUAAACGAGUGCAUCGAGUCGCGGACAAUAUGCUUGAGAGUGCGGAGGAAGACUGGGAACAAAGUGGAUCUGGACGGGUUGAACACUGGUCGGGUGCAAAAAGCUUGGCUCAUCGCCGUCGAAAGAUAUUCUUUGGAGGAACUGCAGCGGCUGGUGUCCCACUGGAGAAUUCAGUUGCAGGAUAUAGAAGCGAUUCUGCACCCGCAGGUCAACGAGGCCUAUGCGUCCACGAGCGGGGACAGCGCGGGCAAAAAUGUGACGGGCAACCAAAUUACCGUGACGCUUGCCGACAAGGAACCGACCACGAAUGCCUUUACGCCCAAGCUCAGCAACGGUAUCAUCCCGAAGGGCUUAGGGAAAGACGCGAAGGAAGUUAAGGACGCGUCGGAGAAACAACAGAGCCAUCCUGAAGAAACUAAUCUUCUGACACCGGCGCAGGGUGGUAGGGUCGGUGAGCGACGCGCCAGCAGCCCUUUCCAAAAUGGUCAAACAGAAGUCCUGAUCGGGGAACCGGAGGGCGGCCCAAGGUCGCCACGCGGAUCGACGUCUUCGGCGUUGAACGACGGCAAUUUCCUGAAUCUACCGGAUGAACGUGACGAUCAGAAGCCCAUUUGCAGGUCCCGAAGGCGUAGCAACGGUGGCGUGACGGACAUACACUCGCAGCAGCAACAGCAGCAGCAGCUACAGGAGAAUAAUAACAGCAGCUCGCGGGACGCGAAGAAGCCGCAGGAGGGGCUGGGUCCCGAUGAGAUGUGGGCCCCUGGCGGGCUAGGGCCUCACCGGGAGCUACCAGUCGACGUGCCCGACACCCUCCUACAGAAGGCCUACCCCAACAAGGUAAAGAACUGCUCCUCCGAUUACCGGAACGAGCUUCGUGGUCCCCGUAGCGCUAGCGACCUCGACCUCUCCCUAAACCUUAGAAACGACACCCUUAAGUCGACCGGCACGCGGAUCCACAACGUCGACGACCAUCGCGGCCGUGCUAAAAUCGCGACGCCGGUCGAGCCGCGCAUUAAAAACGGUCAGCCACCGCCGAUGGUGAAGAUCGAAUUGAAGAUCGGAUCGGGGAAUCUCGAGGACGAGGAGGAGUGCGAGAAAAGCAAAAAGGAGCCGGGACAGGAGCGGGACGGUGACCAAUACAAGUACCAAUCAGCGCUAGCCUCGCUGGAUCUGAAGAAUACUUUCAAGGGCUUCGAAGAAGACGAAGAGGACGAGGGAGUGAACGAGGACACCAACGGGCAAAAGGAGUCCAGCGUGGACGUGGACGUCGAGGAGGAUUAUCCUUUCGCCAAGGAGGACUACCCGACGAUGCUGAAAACUUGCAGCGACGAUUCGGCAAGUCCGAGGAGCUCUUCCGGGAGGUCGGAUAGUACCGCGCCUCUGGAUAGUAGCCUGGUAUUGAGACAUGCGAAGAAUCCUGGAAAGGAUUCGCCUACAUACGAUGCCAGGAGAAUCGAUCUCGGCUCGCCCUGCAGACCGGUCGUCGCAGAGAUCAAAAUGCCUCUUUUCGGGCGUACGAGAGAGACCACGUCGUUCGAUAAUCCUGCGUACGGUCUGGCCGAUCUGCAGGAUCUGCAGGGACUCCUGAUGAGGUCCGACGAGGUCUCUGACUUGACCAGGCUGAUCGACGAGCAAUGUACGAUUCCGAGAAUACCUCGCGAACAAGAUAGAGUGUCUCCGUCCCGCGCGAAGGAUCAACGCGCCAAUGAAAUGCAAUCGGAAACGAUUCCAUCGAGCAAAUCGAAGAGCUCGAAGCCCAGGCGGCAGACGGACGAACGUGCGAAACUGAAGGCAAAGACGCGUAGUUUGGACGUGGAAGAGUUGAUCCGCGCCAGUUCGAACGACGAUCUACUGGGUAUCGAGUCGGGCAGCAGCCUCUCCUCGUCCUCGAGGCAGCGAGCGAAGAAAAAACGACACCAACAGAUAUCGAGCGGAUACUCGACCCUGAGGAGCGACGCGUCAGCCGAUCUCGAGCACGUCGAUCGUAGCUUCUUGGUCGUCGGCGGCAAGACCUACCGCGAGGUCGCCGUCGACUGCCCGCCUGAUUUCGUCCCGGUGACCAAGUGCCACCCCGUCUACCCUCCGCCGAACAGGACUCCCGGCAACAGCAAACAGAACACGCUUGAGCCGAAACGGGAGCGUAACGGGACUAUCGGCAGGAACAAUAACGUAAAUAAUGUUGGCACGGUGGCCGGGGACGACGGAAACGCGUGCACCACGAGCACGACGAUCGCGUCAUCCACGCCCUGUCCGCGAUCCAAUGAUCUUAAUUGCUUGACGAGCGGCGACGAAAGCGUCGCAGAGAACGUAGUCGCUAGAUCGCUAGACAGAAAACGCGACUCAUCCAUGAAGAAGGUAAGGUCCAAGGUCAAGAGUUUGCUUCUCGACAGCUUGCUUUCUAUCGUGCACCAUGAGCCGCGCCAUCAACAACACGCCACCGACACGCUUCCACACGCUGCUUCUUCCGCUGCUGCGACGCACCAUCCUAACAAUACCUCUGACGCGUUCCUAAUUCGCUCUAACAAUGAACAGCUUCGGGGCUCCGGGUUCUUGGUACCACGAUCGUCGAACUCGAUCGUGCGAAACGACGCCGGUUCAUUAUCGCUGCCCUCCAGCAAAUACUCCGCCUCCACGGAUAAUCUGAUAGCUGCCCGUAGAAAUCUGCAGGUGCGUUUCUCCUGCGAUCUGACCGGCGGCGAGUCGUCGCUCUCGUCCGGCCGCUGCAGUAUCGUUUUCCCGGAUCGCCUCGAGCCGAGUCCCGAGAAGGAAAGCUUCUCUGGGGGUUCCCUCGAAGACGACUCGUUCGUCAAUAAGAAUUCAUCGGUGCAAGGUACGCCCGCGUGUUUGUCUUUUGUCCAAGAAACCAAUCAAAACUGUCGCAAUUCCCUGUGCGAAUUUUCACGCGGCAAGAACCGUUCUUUCAAUCUCGCAAAAUCAAAAUGGGGAACCCAGAACGACGGGAAGAAGCUUUCCGUAUUCGACGAUUCCCCUAACGCGCAAAAUCGCACGAAUUCCCGAUUGUCCCUUGAGUACAAGCGUUCCAAGUGUCUGGACGACUCGUCUUCGCUACGAGCGAGCCAGGACGCGUCGAGAAGCGAGACGAACUUGUUUAUCGUUCGGUUCGAUACCCGCUACCAACCAGCCGGUCUUUAUGGCUGGCGCUCCGAAUCGAAUUUACUCUCGCGAUCGAAUUCCACUUGGAUCGAGCAACGGGACUCUAGUUUCCACGAGCCCGGCCGAGGAACGCCGAGACCAACGCAGCCGGACGUCGCGAGGGAACGUACGUACGCCUCGCACGAGCGCAUCGACGAUCUCGCUGUGCACCAGGCUGGUCUGAAUGGGGUGAAACCUGCCAUCCCCCCGAGAGAUCAAAAGAGGGCACCUGCCAGACCCCCAAAAGAUACUCUACGUCUGUCGACGCAGAACAAUAAUGUGGAAACCACCGAUUAUGCGAAUGCCGAGCCCACGCAGCAGCAACUGCAUUCCAUUAGGAAGUACCAGGAGCAGCUGCGUAAACGGAAGGAUGAGGAGGAGAGACAAGAGAUACUCCAUCAGUCGCUGCGUGGCUCGAGGAAGCUUCAGGCGUUGGAGAGUCAUGCGACGAGCCUCUCUGGACAGGAGAAUCUGGCAUAUGCCCAGGAUGAGGUGACCACCGCCACCGUCGGCCGCGGUGCCCACGUAACCCCGAGCAUCGUGCAAGAAGUCGAGGAGCCUCCCAGGCCCCUCACGUACGGAGAGGUCGUUGCGUCGUUGGAGAGGCUACAGCUUCAGCUGCGGAAUAUUUCCGGCGCUUUAGGCAUAUCGGGGCCCGGCGUCGAGGCCGAGCUGGAAGCGGUGCGAACGCUCUUGGUGCAGAGUCGAUUCGCGUCUGCCCUUGCUACCCAUCAUCUCCUUAGAAAUCGUUUGAGAUCCAGCAAGGUUUUGAAACAUCAUGCCGAUGACGCCUCCAGUUUGGCACGAGAUUGCGUGGAUAUUCUCGAGAAAUGGCAGUCUUCGUCGACGGCAACAGGUGUUGGCGCUGCGGAAACAAUCGCUGCCGUGGAGGAGCUGACCGGAAUCCUGACGAGCUACGACAUGGAAGCUUUGCUACUUGCCCAUGAUUCCAUCAUCUCGUACGUCGACGGAUUACAGAAGAAGCAGAGUCCAUUGUCUACGUCGCCGAGCGGUCCACCUAGCCCGACUACAAGUUGGCGAGGCUCCCGCGCCGUGGAUAAUAUUAAGAUCAUUAGAAUCGAGAAGACCAAUGAACCCCUAGGUGCUACGGUUAGAAAUGAGGGUGACGCCGUUAUUAUAGGUCGCGUGGUACGUGGAGGAGCUGCAGACAAAUCCGGAUUACUGCACGAGGGCGACGAAGUCUUGGAAGUGAACGGCGUGGAGAUGCGUGGUAAAAGCGUGAAUGAAGUGUGCGACAUUCUGGCCGGUAUGCAGGGUAGUUUGACUUUCAUCGUUCUACCGGCGCCCACGAGUCAUAGGAAUAAUUUGAGGAGAGAAGACACUAAUCAGAUACAACACAUACGAGCCCAUUUCGACUAUGAUCCCGUAGAGGAUCCUUAUAUACCCUGCAGAGAGUUGGGAGUUAGUUUCCAGAAGGGUGACGUGUUGCACGUGAUCUCUCAAGAGGAUCCCAACUGGUGGCAGGCGUAUCGAGAAGGCGAAGAGGAUCAAACCUUGGCUGGUUUAAUACCUAGUAAAUCUUUCCAAAAUCAACGGGAGUCCAUGAAGCAGACUAUUGCCGGUGACAAGUCCACUGUGCGAGGUUCCAAGAAAUCUAGCACGUUAUUAUGCACCGGUAAGAAUCCAAAGAAAAAGAAACGUAACAAGUUCGGAGCGAACUACAACGACGACGGCUACCCGCAUUACGCAACGACUGCCAUCGACGAUUACGACAGCGAAGAGGUGCUCACGUACGAAGAAGUCGCGUUGUAUUAUCCGAGAGCAAAUCAUAAAAGACCGAUAGUCCUAAUAGGACCGCCAAACAUCGGGCGGCACGAACUCAGGCAAAGGCUAAUGCAAGACAGCGAGCGUUUCGCUGCUGCUAUUCCUCACACGAGUCGUCCUAGAAAAGACUCCGAGGUUGACGGCCAAGAUUACCACUUCAUCUCUCGUGCUCAGUUCGAAUCGGAUAUUCUCUGUCGAAAGUUCGUCGAACAUGGGGAGUACGAGAAAGCGUAUUACGGCACUUCCGUUGAGGCUAUACGGUCUGUAGUCAACUCCGGGAAGAUUUGCGUGCUCAAUCUCCAUCCGCAGAGUUUGAAAAUCCUACGAAACUCAGACUUGAAACCAUAUGUAGUGUUCGUGGCUCCACCGUGCCUCGAGAAGCUCAGACAGAAAAGGAUCAAGAACAACGAGAGCUUUAAGGAGGAGGAAUUGAAAGAUAUAAUAGAGAAGGCUCGGGAGAUGGAGGACAAGUAUGGCCAUUUGUUCGACAUGAUCAUCAUAAAUACCGACACGGACCGAGCUUAUAAUCAGCUUCUGGCCGAGAUCAAUUCGCUGGAGAGGGAACCGCAGUGGGUACCUGCGUCGUGGGUGCAGUAAAGGAUACGUUGACAGUGACCGAGAGAGAGGGAGAGAAAGGAAGAGAGGCGGCUUUCCAAAGUCUGGUCGGAAUAAUUUCCAAGGACUGGUUCUUCUAUUGGUGCCUAUUAUACAAUUUACGUUUCGUACACAUUACGCGUAACUAAAAAGAAAGAAAAAAAGAAACCCCUUGCCAGGUUAUCGUACUCCAAGUACCACUGGUUUUGGUGUAGUCUUCCGUGUCGUAAUUUGGUGCCAUCUGACCGUACUCGAGGAUCGUCGCAAACGGAGUUGGGUUCGAAUCGAAUCAACGGAUGUGAAACGAAAUUAUCAUUUCAUAUAGACAAAUAAGGUCUUAUGGAAACGAAACUGUUGCGAUCAACGAUUUCAUAGGCGAUCAGCUAAUUCGGAAGUCGACUUAGAAUCCGCAUUUGUUCGAAUAAAGUGUGCCUCACUCUGAUCGUCGACAAACGUUUUAAAGAGUGUCGAAAAUUCUCGCCUCGUAAAUUUUCGUUCCUCGACUCUCGAACUCCAGGAUGCCACUCCAGAAGAAAGGAAUCAAGAACAGGAGUCCUUGGAUCAACUGGCGUGGUGCUUUUUACCCAUCAUUUCAAAGCGAGAGGACACUUCGCGUGAUUCGUAUUCUACGGAUAAGAUAAUUACGCAAGAUGUUAAAAAAUAACGUUUCCCCAAAGAUGUGUAAAUUUCACAAGAGAUCGUCCACCUCCCACGCGUUUACAGAUUACAAAUAAAACCGGAAAACCGCGGAUAUCUUGGACGAUCAACAUCCUUUUUCACCCUUUCGUAAAAUAAAACAGCCCCGAAAGACUUUUUCUCUCGCAGUUUUCACGGAUAAUGAAAACAAAAAUGAAAAAAAAAAUGUGCGUAAUACACAAACGCCUGCCGCGUAUCCCCUCAAGUCGAGAAUGUUUUGCCAAAACGUUGUUAAACAAUUUAAACAUAAAUCACACAUUUCCUCGUACUCGUAACUUUCGUGUGAAACUAGUAAAUCUCGGAGAUGCCGGAUGAAACUCAUAAACUCUAUCUCAUCGUCCGCCUUAGGCACUCUCUCGUGUUCGUUUAGAGAUGAGAAUCAUACUUCUAAUCCAAGUAGACCGUCGUUUAAAGAUACAGUUGUAGACGUGUUAGGCUCGCGUGCGAAAAACAGGCAUGAAAAACAGAUUUUUCGAUCGGGACAAAUACUAAUUUUUCUUUUGCUCUUCUAUUCGAGCGAACGUGAAAGAUUUUUCAUGUAUUGUUAUCAUUCACUUCUUUACAUAGUUAUAAAUGUGGAAUUCCUUGUGCCGAAAAUUCUCCGUUGAAACGAGAUAUUGUUUUUCAUGGUUUCGAAGACAAGAAAAUAAAAAGACAAACAGGAAUCGGGUUUUUCAGUCCAGAGGAAAAAAUUUUUAGUUGAUUCACAAUCGUCGAUACAAUUUCGGUAUCGCAAAACUUAGGAACGUAAGAAUAAUUUCUAAUUUUUGUAGCCAUUAUUUUGAGACAAAAGUAUUUUAGGAAAUACGCACGAUGGUCGGAGUAUUGUGCCAAUGUAAUUAGGCCGCGUAUUCAAACAUGGCCUUAUUACCGAAAUCUUUCUUUUUUAAUCGUUUUGGAUACUGUAGUUACAUCGAGGCUUGGAUGAAGCUAAAUUCAUAUUUCAAUCUGUCGCUAUCUAAUAUCAUCUCUGAACUGUUUAAGUUGAACGAGAUGAAAAUUUAUUUUCACUUUCUGAAUGUUACGACUCAUACUUAGCGAAUUUUUAUAAACGGGUCAAAGAGGAUAAAAGAACUGAAAUGUGCCAAAAUAAUCUGUCCCGAAUGUUUAAAGAAAACCAUCGCAUAAAGAAGAAGGGAGGCUGAGGAAGAAUGAGAGAAAAUAAAUUAGAAAACACGCUCAACGCGGCACCUUCGCAUCUGUCAUUAUAAUUGAGUCUGUAAAUAUUUGUGCACUUGUAUAGAG